AUGUCGGCGCUCAUUUCAGCUUUAUUUGCUGAGAAAGCAGAGGCUGGUGUAGGAGGUUUGCAGUCCAGCUCAGUUCUCAUGUUUGCUGAUCCCACUCUCUUUUAUUUUAACAGAAACCUGAGCUACAACAAGUUGGCAGAGAUUGAUCCUUCUGCCUUUGCAGAGAUGUCGAACCUGCAGGAAGUGCGACUGGACAACAAUGAGCUGACUGCCAUUCCUUCCCUGGGAUCCGCCGCUUCCAGCGUCCGCUCCCUCCACCUGCAUCACAACAGGAUCCGCAGCAUUGAAGGCAGUCAGCUGCAGCCCUACGUUACCCUGGAAACGUUGGACCUGAGCUUCAAUGACAUCACGGAAAUCCGAAACGGCUGCUUUCCACAGGGACUGCACAUAAAGGAGCUCUACCUGGGGAGCAACAGAAUCAGCACCCUGGAGCCUGGUGCUUUUGAUAGCCUGUCACGGUCCCUGCUAACACUUCGUCUGAGUAAAAACAGGAUCACUCAGCUUCCUGUCAAGGCUUUCAGGCUGCCCAGGCUAAUGCAACUGGAGCUGAACCGAAAUCGCAUCCGCCUGAUUGAAGGCCUGACGUUCCAGGGACUGGACAGCUUGGAAGUCCUGAAACUCCAGCGCAACAACAUCAGCAAACUGACUGAUGGGGCCUUCUGGGGUCUAGCCAAAAUGCAAGUUCUCCACCUGGAAUAUAACAGCCUGACAGAAGUGAACAGUGGCUCUCUCUAUGGCCUUUCUUCUCUGCACCAGCUUCACCUCAGCAAUAACUCCAUAUCCCGCAUCAACCCUGAUGGCUGGAGCUUCUGCCAGAAGCUGCAUGAGCUGAUUCUCUCUUACAACAACCUGACAAGGCUGGACGAGGGAAGCCUGGCAGACCUCGGGGGACUGCACGUGCUACGGCUGAGCCACAAUUCCAUCAAUCAUAUUGCAGAAGGUGCUUUCAGGGGACUCAAAAACCUACGUGUCCUGGAACUGGACCACAACGACAUCUCAGGCACAAUAGAAGAUACCAAUGGAGCCUUUACAGGCUUGGAAAACCUGAGCAAGCUAACUCUGUUUGGAAACAAGAUCAAGUCAGUGGCCAAGAAAGCGUUCUCAGGGUUGGAGGCUCUGGAGCACCUGAACCUCGGGGACAACGCCAUCCGCUCCAUCCAAGCCGAUGCCUUUGCCAGGAUGAAGAGCCUGCGGCAGCUCCACAUUAACAGCGACAGCUUCCUCUGCGACUGCCAGCUCAAGUGGCUGCCCCAGUGGUUGGUGGAGAAGCAGCUGCAGUCCUUUGUGGUGGCCACCUGUGCCCAUCCUGAGUCACUGAAAAGCAAGAGCAUUUUUGCCAUCCAGCCAGAGAGUUUUGUGUGUGACGAUUUCCCCAAGCCACAGAUCAUCAUCCAGCCCGAGACGACGGUGGCUGUCCUCGGCAAGGACAUCCGCUUCACCUGCCUGGCCGCCAGCAGCAGCAGCUCCCCCAUGAUGUUUGCCUGGAAGAAGGACAACGAGAUGCUGCACAACGCCGAGAUCGAGAACUUUGCUCACGUGCGGGCCAAGGACGGGGAGGUGAUGGAGUGCACCACCAUCCUGCACCUGCGGCACGUCACCUUCGCGCACGAGGGCCGCUACCAGUGCGUCAUCACCAACCACUUCGGCUCCACCUACUCCAACAAGGCCAGACUCACCGUUAAUGUGCUGCCAUCCUUUAUCAAAACCCCCCACGACAUCACGAGCCGGACGGGGACGACGGCGCGCUUGGAGUGCGCGGCCGAGGGCCACCCCACGCCCCAGAUCGCCUGGCAGAAGGACGGCGGCACCGACUUCCCCGCGGCCCGCGAGCGCCGCAUGCACGUCAUGCCCGACGACGACGUCUUCUUCAUCACCGACGUGAAGAUCGAGGACAUGGGCGUCUACAGCUGCACAGCCCAGAACUCCGCGGGCUCCGUGCUCGCCAAUGCCACCCUCACCGUGCUGGAGACUCCAUCUUUGGUCCAUCCACUGGAAGAUCACGUGGUGUCCGUGGGUGAGACCGUGGCUCUCCAGUGCAAAGCCACAGGGAGCCCCCCGCCCCGCAUCACCUGGCUGAAAGGUGACCAGCCCCUGGUGGUGACAGAAAGGCACCACUUCACCUCGGGCAACCAGCUGCUGAUCGUCAGGAACGUGGUCCUGGAGGACGCGGGGAAGUACACGUGCGAGAUGUCCAACACGCUGGGCACGGAGCGCGCGCACAGCCACGUCAGCAUCCUGCAGUCGCUGGGCUGCCGCAAGGACCGCACCACCGUGGGCAUCAUCACCAUCGCCGUGGUCUGCAGCAUCGUGCUCACCUCCCUGGUCUGGGUCUGCAUCAUUUACCAGACCAGGAAGAAGAGUGAAGAGUACAGUGUCACCAACACAGAUGAGACUAUUGUGCCUCCUGAUGUGCCAAGCUACUUGUCCUCCCAAGGGACUCUCUCGGAGCGCCAGGAAGUGGCCAUUGGAGUGGACACCCAUCAGCCCAAUGGGCACAUCGACAGCAACGGGAUGUGUCAGGCUGAUGCUGGAAGGUGUCCAGAUGUUGAAGCUCCUGCUGUAGGUUGUAGACAGCCUAAGCUGUGUAUCAGCUAUAAUAAAGACACUUGGAAAACUGAGGACAUGGCCAAUGGAAUGCUUGUUCCAGAUAAGACAGGCUUCGGGCUGCCCGUGGUGUGCACGGAGUGCAGCAGCAGCACGGACAGCAUGAACGUCCACAUCUACCCCAGGGACUCCGAGUGCUACCCCGAGAGCCUAAAGACUGUGGAAAACACCCACCCCAGUGCACUGAGCAGCAAGGAGCGCCAUAGGAAAAGGGGUGCAGGCACCAGCCUUCUUCAUGCUCAGCCCUGCAAUGGGAUUGCCAGUGGCAAGAGGGUGGAAACAGACGGGACCCUGUACCCCAGUAACCACGACAGGAUAAGGCUGGAGGGCACGGCUGGCGCGCUGCUCGCAGACACGCACGGCUCUUCACAAGCAGCAGCAAAGCCUUCAGAGCUUAACAACCUUAAUUUGGUGAGAGCUUCACCUGCAGGAGGGUCAUUAAAACAACUGAACGUGCUUCCCGAAAUAACCCCAGCACUACUGGAUCUGCAGAGGGAAGCAGAGGUGGAGCAGGCUCUCCUGCCCAACAGCACCACAGCCCAACGCCACGACUCCACUCACGAGCCCAAGCUACCCAACAGAUCUCUGGACUGAGAGCACAGACUGACUGCCACGUGCAAAUUAACAAACACACUAUUACUUUUUUUAAUUUUUUUUUUUUUUUUUUGCACAGAGUAUAUAGGCUACUUACUUCUACCUCGAAUUUUGAACUGAUGGCCUGGCAAAGGCAACCAACUGAGGUAUGAGAAACAAGCUUGUAUGGGGAACAACCUCCUGUUCGAGCGUCAUCUGAUUGUACAUAGUUUAAAACUUCCCUGAGAAGUAUGAAGUGUUCAAAAGUCAACUUGCAUAUGAAGCACAUAAAUGCAAGGGAUUAUUGUGUAAAGAGAAAAGUAUUUGAUACAAUUGUACAUAAGAGUUUUCAUAUAUAAAUAUAUAUAUAUAAAUAUAUAUAUAUAUCUUUUACAGAGGCUAUUUUAAUCUUUAGUGCAUGGAAAACUGAGUGAAAUUUUACAAUUUUGGCAAUAUUGUUUUCAGUAUCAGGUUGCUGUUAAACUUUGUGAGAGAAAUUCUGGUGCCUUAAAUGCAUAAACAGAACUUUUAAAAGCCAGACUGUUCCAAAGGGAUUGUCCUAUUUUCAGUGGAAGUUCCUUUACACCAUGUACACCAGGGCUGGGGCAAUCCCAGGUACUGGCUGGCUGGAGAAGUGACCAGGAGCAGCCUCAUCUGUGGAGAGGAACUUGGGGGUGUUGGUGGAUCAGAGGCUGGACAUGCCCUGGCCAUGUGUGCUCACAGCCCAGAAAUCCAACCGUGUCCUGGCCUGCAUCCAGAGCAUUGUGGGCAGCAGAUUCUCCUCCUCUGCUCCACUCAGGUGAGACCUUACCCAGGCUUCUGCACACAGUUCUGGUGCCCUCAGUAUAAGGAGGACUGUAGUGACAAGAGUAAUGAGUUCAAACUGAAAAAGGGAAAAUUUACAUUAGAUACAGAAGAAACUGACAUUUUUCCCUGUGAGGGUGGUGAGGCACUGGUACAGGUUGCCAGAGGAACUGCAGAUGUCCCAUCCCUGUAGGUGUUCAGGCUGGAUGGACCUCUGAGCAACCUGGACCACUGAAAGGGGGGGUUGGAACAUCACCUUUAAGGUCAGGGCAGGGUGGAUAGAUGGGCUUAGUCCAACCACUUGAAGUUUAACAAGUCCGAGUGCUGGGUCCUGCACUUUGGUCACAACAACCCCAGCAGCGCUACAGGCUGGGGACAGUGUCUGGGGACAGUGGCCAGAGAGAAAGGGCCCUGGGGGUACUGGUGACAGCAGCUGGACAUGAGCCAGCAGUGUGCCCAGGUGGCCAAGAAGGCCAAUGGCCCCUGGCCUGGAUG